ACCUAAGAGAGAAAAAAAAAAAAAAAAAGCCCGAACCUCCCGGUGCUUUUAUAACGUGAGCCAAUACUGAGAGGCACUCAGACACACAGCCGGGAGCACGGUGCUGGAGGGUCCUGCGCUGGGGUGGGAGGAAGAGGAGGAAGAAGAGGAGGAGGAGGAGGAGGAGGAGGAGGAGGAGGAGGAGGAGGAGGAGGAGGAGAAAGGAGAAGAGGAGGAGGAAAAGGAAGGCAACCGCAAGGGGAGGGGAACUGGCUGGAAAUGGCUGCUGUGGAGGCUGCGUUCCCCCCUGCCAACCUCACCUCCGUCAACCAGAGCGGCUGCAACGUGCACAACCACCACUUCUCGGCCAAAGUCACCUUCUCCCUCUUCUACACUGCCCUGCUGGUGUUCGGCGCCUGCGGGAACAUCCUGGCCCUCUGCAUCACCUUCCAGCGCAGGAAGAAGAAGCUCAACUCCACCGACCUCUACCUGGUCAACCUGGCCCUGUCCGACGCCCUCUUCACGCUGGCGCUGCCGGGCAGGAUCGCCUACUACGUCCUGGAGUUUAACUGGCCCUUUGGGGACUGGUUCUGCCGGGCCACCGCCUUCAUUUUCUACAUGAACACCUACGUGGGCAUCUACUUCAUGACCUGUGUGAGCGUGGACCGCUACAUCGCUGUGGUGCGCACCAGGCACCCCGGCAGGAUCCGGAGGAUGAGCCGUGCCAGGGCCAUCUGCGUCCUCAUCUGGUUCUUGGUGUUCCUGCAGACGGCGCCGCUGCUCCUGCGGCCCAUGACGCGGAGGAUGGGGGAGAAGCUGACGUGCAUGGAGUACUUCAACUUCGAGGAGAUCCCUAAGCUGCCCUACCUGCUGCUGGCGGCCUGCGUGCUCGGCUUCUUCCUGCCCGUGGGCAUCAUCUUGGUGUGCUACGUGCAGAUCAACCUCAAGCUCUGCCAGACCGCCAAGGAGAACCCGCUGACAGUGAAGAACGGGCACCACCGCCGGGCCUUCACCGUCAUCCUGGUGGUGCUGCUGGCUGUCCUGCUCUGCUUCAGCCCCUACCAUCUCAACAUUGUCCAGUUCAUGGUCAGGAAGAUCCUCUACCAGCCAUCCUGCCGCGAGCAGCAAGCCUUCAAGAUGUCCCUGCAAGUCACCGUGGCCUUCAUGAACCUCAACUGCUGCAUUGACCCCAUCAUCUACUUCUUCGCCUUCCGGGGCUACAAGCGGAGGCUGCUCCGCAUCUUCAGGAACAGUGGCUCCAUGGCCACCUCCUCCACUGUCAAGACCCCCUCCGAGAGCAACAGCAACAGCCAGCCCCAGGGCUCCAGCUCCGUCUAGUGGCACAACCCCUCCUUUUCUCUCCGGCCGGCAGCAUAGGGACCAUGCCCCACAGCAGGACCCGCUCUGGCAGAGCCCCACCGGCCAUACUUCUGCUCUGUGGGGCACGGGGCCACCAACACCACCUGAAGCCGCUGUCCUGGAGUAGAAGGGCCCGUCCUCACCUCAGCCCCAGAGCAUGCAGCGCCCACAAGGGCUUGGUGGAGGCCCUGGGGGUUUCCCAGAGCCACCCUCCCACACGUGUCCCGCACCCACUGCGGGGCCGGUGGCUGCGGGUAAUGUGCCCGUCCCUGCUUUUCUGCGUCCCUUUGUGGUGGAUGUGCUUCAGGAAGAAGCCCUGAGGGGCUCGCUGCUGUCCCCCAGCCUGCACAUUGCAUGGAGCAGGCAGCGAGCCAGUAGGGGCCUGCUCCCCUCCACGGCCCCGGGGAGGAGGUGCAGGGUCCCUCGCAGCGCUCUCCAGGAAACCUUCACCCCCGUCCUCCCCGCUACCUGAUGUGAGCGGGGGAAAGGGGCCUGGAGGUGGCCUCAUGGGGCCUUCUCUUGAACCGGGGGGGCCUGGGGUGCGAGCCAGCACCCAGGCUUGUCCUAGUGCUGCUGGCGGCUCAUGUGUGACCAUCUGCAGAGUGAGCGGAGGAGGCCCAUGGAGUCUGGCUCCCGUCGACACCUCUGCGGCAAGGAGAAGUCAUCACGAGCCAGGAGCUCCUCGGAUCCUCUCUGAAGUGGCUGGGCUGCGAGGCCUGGCACAAGUGAAACCUGCGUGUGCAGGACAUCACGGUGCCUGGGGCGCCUGCCUUGUGCCGGAGGCUGGAAGGGAAGGAGAUGCGCACGUAGACUUGAAAAGGAGGAAAACCGGCUUUAUUUUGCUUAACUUUCAUGAACUGGCACUUUUGAUUAAUCUAAAUCGUUCUUGAAGGUAAUAAUGUUUCUUUGUUGCUAGAAGGUCAACGACAGAGUCAUGUGCAGCCCUUUACUGUUCAAGUGCACAUGAAUCAGCUUUUGGAUGACAAUGGCUUUACCUCCGGUACGGGUACCUGCAGCACCCCGCAGGCUGGCUGAGAGGGAUGCAUAAAGUAACUGAGGUUGGAAAGUGUCUCCAGCGGGACCUUCCAGGUUGCCUGGGCCCUACUCAAAGCAGGUGGAACUGCAGUGCUGGCCUGAAGGGAGCCUGUGUCCUGUAAGGCAUGCCACAAUGGACGAGGAAGAGCCGGCAUGCAAUAAUUUAGGAAUAUCAAUGGUCUGAACACUGUAAAGGAGCCCGGUAAGGGUCACCAGUCCAACAGCCCGCUUGAAGCAGGACCACCACUAGCAUGAGGUCAGUGGCCACGGCUUGGUCCAACUUGGACCAAGCUCCUCCAAGGAGGAGGCUCCCGCACCAAGGUGAUGGGUUCUUGUGCUGCACCCCCUCUGGAUGGAAACACUUGUGGUGCUUGAACCUCCCUGUCUGCAGCUGGUGGCCGUCACCACCUAACAUCGUCCCCUGUCACCGAGGAGUGGUGCUGUGUGAGCGCAGUGGCCUUGCUCCUCUGGACGGACUUUUGAGGACACCCACCUGGGGACAGCAGGAGGACACACAAGGGACGGGGAGGGAAGGGCUUGUGCAGAGCAGGCCAGAGCAGUCUGCUGAAGGGAGAGUUGUUUUAGGGAUCCCGUGUCGCCUGAACCAGCUCGCCCGCCCGUGCGUGUUCCCCAGCUGCUGGUGUAGGAGUGUGAAAAUGGGGCAUUUCACUAAAACCAUACGUUCAUUGAAGAGAAAUGGGCGCAACGUACAUUCUCUACACUUCAUUCAUCGCCCGAGCUGAACUACUCGCAAAAUGCUUGCUUCAAUCAUGCAACUGCACGGCAGCUGGCCCCUGGAGCCGUGCAUGUUUCCUGCGGCUCGCUCCGCCUUGUGAGCGACCUCGAUGAGAACAUUUCUCAUCCCUCCUCUUAUCAGCCCCUAUCGGUAACUGCACCGCCGCUGCUGUUGCUCCCUUCCUGACAUUCUCCUCGGUGCAAACGCAUCUGAAAUCACCGCUGCGCUGCUGCCAUCAGAUGUGGGAUUCCUGCAGAGGAACGCGAGCAGACACCCAUGCAGGGGCGAGAUAACAUCUGGGGAGCGGCAACCGCAGCUGGCAGACAAGGAGCUGUUGUCUCUGCAGGGACGGGGACACCACGGCCGCGCCCCGGCAGCGCAUCCUCUGCAACGCUGGGGCUCGCCAAAAGAGGGAGAGCCGAGACCUUAUCCGGGGCUGGCAAGAUUAAUAUUUCUAUAUUAAUAUUUUGAAGUCACCUGGAGCUGCCACUGCUCUUCUCAAGCCAUGCAAGAGUCUGCUUAAUAUAAUAAAUAUGGUGGUUGCGAAGGCUAAGGCAGCUGUGCUGCCUUCAUCAGCAUCACUGAUGGUUUUCCAAGCAGAGAGUUACUUUUGCGCCGUCUCGAUCCAGCCUAGGCUGCACACUUUUGACCUGAAGAGAGAUGGGAAAAUUGCUGGUUCUAUCCCAAGGCAGUGAGCACGCUUAUUUUUUUUGCAGUCGCAUGGCACUAGCGUAUCUGCGUACAGCCGUGCAGAUUACAGACCUACGUGAUGCAAAAUGAAAUUCCCUUAGCAAACCCGCGCUGUGACCCUUGCAGUUCAAAACCCCUUGUGAGUCAAAAUCCUCUAAGGCAGCACAUUUCAGUCUUCUCCCGAUUUCUGCAAAAGGGCGAUUAGCUCAGGCAAUUAAACGGCGUGCACAAAGCACAUAGGAAAGGCCUGCCUGCAAAGCUGUACCUCCUGAUGGGGAUUUACCAGGUGGAGCUCUGCCUUUUCCCUUAGUGGUGGUUCCCAGCUCCACGCUUCCAGUCGGCACGAGCUCUCCAUCCACCUCUCUCCCUUCUGUUUCGGCAGGAGGGCAGCGUGCUGCAGCCGUGCCCUUCCUGGCGCAGGUCUCCCUGCAGGGGGCGAGGUGCCCCGCACGGACUGGGGUCAUCAGGACUGGGGUCAGCAUGACCAGACGUGCUUUGUAAGCCACCACCAUCUGCCUCGUCACCUGCUGCGGUGACACCAGGGUUUGCUUCACCACCGAGCAUCUGGGAUCGCUUGCAGUUUUCUUUCCUGGUUAUCUGCAGCACCUCAUGCAAAAGUGAACAAAUAAAGUGGAAGGUCUCCCCUAUCAGACAUCCCUGAAAAGAAACAGGAGUGGGUUUUCGGUACAGGAUUAGCCGCAAUAUCGUGUAUUUGCAUUUUUCAUGCAGAAUCUCUGUGGAUUCUUUCCAAACCGACCUCGGUGUGCUGUGACGUCCCUCCGCCCCUUGUCUCAGCAGGUCUCUUCUUCCUCCCCUAUGCACUCCAUUUUCUGUGCUUCUAAACUCAUUGCCGAUCUGCUCAUGUUAUCUGAGCUCUCUCCUUCCUCUCAGCUCCACCUCUUCUUCGCUGAUCUGAGAUGCCAUUUACGGUCUCUACUUAUCUCUGUUAAAGAAGGCCAAAUCCUGCUUUCAGUUCAGCCACGAUCCUUGAAUUCUUCACCCACUUUUGAAGCAGAUAUAUUCCUGCUUUCUCCAAUGCUGCUGUUCAGGCUUGGCUACAUCCUCCUGCAAACAUGCGCAAGCCUGGCUAACUUCCAGUUUCCUCUUGGAAAGUCUCCUUUGCAAAUGCCAGUGGCUGGACGGCCACCUUGUGGAGACUGCCACCAGCUGCACCCAUUCUCCAGGUCACCACCGUCUGCUUCGUGUCCUGCACUUGCACUGGAAGCUCUUGGUAGCGCAGAACCUCUUUGAAUUUCAGUGAAAAGUUGUGUGUACUUCCUACGGCCCGAGCAUCCUUUUGUAGUACGGGAGGAAUGUAAUCCUACUGAAAGUCAAACCAAACACUGUAUGCUUUGAAUAAGCACAUUUACAUGUAUAAUAAAACAGGCAUCUACGUGUGCAUACAAACACAUACAGCGUUUGCGUGUUCAUGUGACCCUCCUAGUAAAAUAGUAUUUAUACUCAUUCAUAUAAAGUGCUUAUUUCUGUGGCUGCCCAGUUAAAGAAAGCUAACCUCAUUUAGGUCUUUUCUUCUGGAAGAACACAUACAAGAAAUUAAACACACUCGUAUCGAAGCAAGAAGUAGUUCAAAUGAAUACUGUGCAUUUAUUUACCUUCAAACAGAUGCAGUUCCCCUACAACAGCCCAGUUGUGGUUCUGAGUGCUUUCAAAUCUGGAUGCCCUUGCAACUGCAUACAUACUCCAAAUGUACGUGUUGAACGAGCUGGGAAACCUUGCACACAGACUUUUGAUUUUCUUGAACAAACGCUUAGCUCCAGUUAAAUUAGUCAAAGUGGUAAAUAAACGUUCUCUCUCACUCUCUGUAUAUAUACAUAUACAUAGAUACACCCACCCACACGUAUAUAUGCAUAAACUCAUACUCAUAUGCAGAAGAGCCAAAAUUUUUGCCGUGUGUCCAGUACCCUGCUGUAUAUUUUGCUUGCUUGGUUUUCAGUUUCAGACAAAAGUAACGAGACCUCUUCAGCACGCGUUCACAAGGGCAAGGGCAGGUGCUAUCGAUAGGACGGGGAGGUACAUGGACCAACCCCGACGGUCCACUCGCUCAUGAUGUAAGUAGUAUGUGAUCUUUAACACUCGUUUUGGGACAGGAAAAUGUGUUAGUUAGGUGCAGAGCCCAAUCAUUCUGCAUCUUAGCAAAAAGUUAAGGCUUGAGAACCUGGCAGCUUAUCAGGCAGAUUUCCACAAAUACAAAGCUCUCUGUGGGUGUAUUUCAAAGUAUCACAACCAUCUAGGAAAGUCCCCAGUAAAUUAUUCCGAUGUUGUCUCAAAAGAUAACAUUCCUAGCCUGUCAGAGAAAGCAGAAAAGCAGCUGCUGUUACUUCAAAACACCACAUCUUGGCUUUACUAAAAUCAGUCCGAAUUUCCUAUGGACUUAAAAUUCUCUCCAUAGAAAAGUGUUUUGCAUUCUCUCGCUGCCUAUACAUACGUUUGUGUCACACAUAAAAAAGGAAUGAGAUGUUUAAAGUCGUGCUGGACACAGCACUGUGUAAGCUGGAAGGAGCACACUCCUCACGCUCACAGAAAUGGUCCACGAAAGUUUCACAAUCAAGUGGAAAUCGAGUUCUUCUCCAGCUCUAAUGCACGAAGCUUUUUCUACAUUCUUGUAUGAAACAGGAACUCUGCUCAGCUGCAUCAGAGACCCCUCCUUUUACCACUUCUAAUUUUUUUUUUUCUCUUUGGAAAUCACAACCCUGGAAGUAUUUUGAGCAAAAACUGUUCUCACAGAUAUCGAGGGGAGUUUUCAACCAACAUCACCAAGACCUGAAUUUCACUCCUCGUGUUUGACCAUAUUUUGUGAAUUGCUCAGCAAAAAGGGGCUUUCCACACAACCGUGACAUGUGGAUACCCUCUGCAUAGGUAAGGGUAGGAAAGGCUUUACACUUGGAGAAUAUCCACCACCAUGUCCUGGAUGCCUCUUUACAUAUUUUAAAGUUCCAAGGAAGAAAUGCAAUGUCUGAAAGGGCACGUGUCCUGUUUAACUUAUCCUGGGGGCUAGAUGGACCUAAAUUUCCUACAGACAAAAUUUCACUUCUGAGGCCUUUAUUGCUACUUACAAAAAAUAUUUGUGGAGGAAGAAUCUGUAUGUUUCAAAAUUAAAACAUGUAUUCGUUUAAAAAUAUUUAAUGGAUUUCCCUAUACAAAUUAUUGUAGGUUUCUUAGAAGGUAUUCUUACAUUCGACCUUCCUAAGGCAUCUAGUUUCUAGCUAUCUGGGUAGAGAAAUGUGCCUAGGCUACACACAAAAAGUGCCACUC